AUGGCCCUAAUUCUCAACAUCGAAGGUCGAGAUGGAGGGGGCGUCAUGUCUAUUGCAGUCAUGGUUCGUCUGUUCCACGACUUGGAGCUGUCAGACAGGUGUCUAUUCCCAGAGCCAACAAUCAGUGGUGGUGGUCCCAAUGGACGCAGCUUGGUGGCUUACACCGUCGUGAUGCUAUCGUCAACAACCCCAGAGGGCGAGAGCAACUGGACUCUCGAGCCAUUGCACCCGCCUAUUCAAGAAGAGGACCGCGAUAACUCUCCCUCCCCUGCAAUGAAACCAACGACCCUCUUCUUCCACCCAUCACCACCCCCAAACCAUCUACCCUCGCACAACCUCCGCUGCGCCACGUAG